AUGGAAUAUUGAACUAAUGACUAUUGUGACUAAGGACAUUUAUGUCCAUUAGGGAAUGGUGCUGUCCUACAAAUAGAAUGAUCAAUCCCUUUGAUCUACACAGUCACAGCCACACAGUUAAGUUAAUAACAACAAACACACAACUUCUUUGAAUUUCUACUUUGGAAUUUUAUUUUUCUUUAAUUAUAAUCAUGGCAGCAGAGAAGAGCAAAAUCCUAGUCCUAGGAGGAACAGGUUACAUAGGAAAAUUCAUAAUUGAAGCAAGUGCAAAAGCAGGACAUCCCACGUUUGCUUUGAUUAGGGAGAGCACAGUUUCUCAUCCUGAAAAAUCAAAGCUUAUUGAGAGCUUCAAAACCUCUGGAGUUACUUUACUUUAUGGUGAUCUGGGUGAUCAUGAAAGUCUUGUUAAGGCAAUUAAGCAAGUUGAUGUAGUUAUUUCAACACUUGGUGGAGCACAAGUUGAUGACCAAGUUAAGCUCAUAGCAGCAAUAAAGGAAGCAGGAAACAUCAAGAGGUUUCUCCCAUCUGAAUUCGGGAUCGACGUUGACCGUCACCAUGCUGUUGAGCCGGUAGCUAGCUUUUUUGGGCAAAAAGCAAAAAUCAGAAGGGCAAUUGAAGCUGAAGGAAUUCCUUACACUUAUAUUUCCUCUAACGCCUUUGCCGGAUACUUCCUCCCUACAUUAGGACAACAAAAUGUCACAUCUCCUCCCCGCGAUAAAGUGGUCAUUCUUGGAGAUGGAAAUGUCAAAGGAGUUUAUGUCACGGAGGAAGACAUCGGGACUUAUACCAUUAAAGCAGUGGACGAUCCAAGAACCUUGAACAAAGUUGUAUACUUUAGGCCUCCUGCCAAUGUUUUGUCUUUCAACGAACUCGUCUCAUUGUGGGAGAAUAAAAUUAAGAGCACCCUCGAGAAAAUUUAUGUUCCAGAGGAUCAACUUCUUAAGAGCAUUCAAGAGUCUCCUUUCCCUGCAAACUUAAUGUUGGCAUUAGGUCACUCCAUGUCAGUAAAAGGAGAUUGUACAAAUUUUGAGAUUGAACCUUCUUUUGGUGUGGAAGCUUCUGAAAUUUAUCCUGAGGUGAAAUACACUACGGUCGACAACUACUUGAAUGCAUUUGUUUGAAGCCAAAACAAACCUCUUCACCAAAAUAAAGCCAAAACAAGUGUAGUAUUGGUCAAAUUUUCAUAUUUUGUGUUUAUGAAUUAUGUUAACCAUUUGUGUUUGUUUCAUCGUCAAAAGAAUCCUUUCACAUUUUGCUUUGUAAUGAUCGAUUUACCAUGUACUGAGUUAAAGUUCAGAUAAUGAACAUCUAUUAGGAUAUGAGUAUCACUAUGCUAAUGCUUACAUGUACAUUUUCAAUGAUUAGAUGUAUGAUGGCAAUGAUGCUAAAUCAUAUAUAUCUAUACCAAUAGUAACAAGUAAAGUCCGUAUCUUUUUAUUUAUGCAA